UGGUAGGAUAUAAAGCAACUCCAAGGUCGUGCGGACCAGUCCCUAGUCAGUACCGUUACAUGAUGGCAGCCUCUACAGCUGUGCUGCUCCUAGCCCUGGUCCUCCUGACAGUCGACUCAGUGCUAUGCCAAAGGCCAGGAAACAGAAAGCCCGGAGGCUCAAGAACCCCGGCAGCCCCGUCGCCCAGAACUACACAAGCACCUCAAGACUCUGAUGACCUCACUGACGAGUGCCCUGAACCCAACGGGUACUUCGCUGACGGCUACCAAUGUGACAAAUACUACGAGUGCAUCGAUGGAGCCAUCACAGAGAAACUGUGUCCUGAUGGAAUGGUCUUCAACGACUACAACAUCCAAGUGGAGAAAUGUGACUUGCCUUUCAACAUUGACUGCAGCACUCGAUCAGAGCUUCAAAAGCCAAAGCCUUCCACCCACUGUCCCCGCCAAAACGGUUACUUUGCCCACGAGGACGGCAGCAUCUGCGACAAGUUCUACUUCUGCGUUGACGGCAAAUACAACAUGAUCGUUUGUCCUGAUGGUCUAGUGUACAACGAGCGUACUGGAAUUUGUACUUGGCCUGACGAAGCGAAGAAGGCCGGGUGCUCCAGCCAAGAUGUGUUCAAGUUCUCCUGUCCCAACGUAACAGAGUCAGUGGGACAGACCCAUCCGAGGUACGCCGACCCAGAGGAUUGCCAAUUCUUCUACGUCUGCAUCGACGGCAAAGUACCCAGACGGAACGGCUGCAAGAAGGGUCAAGUCUUCAACGACGUCACCAAGAACUGCGACUGGCCUAGAAACGUGCCUGAAUGCAAGGAGUGGUACAAGGGUAUUCUCACCGACGCAGAACUAGAAGCUCUGGAGAACCCUAAGCCCAAGAACCGUACCCAGGCGUACCAGAACCAAGCUAGCAGUCGCAGGAAGGGGGCGACCCGGCCACAACCGCAGUACACCGAAGACGAAGAAUGACUCCGGCAGACGAGGGUCGACACACUCCUGUAGGGCUCUGCCCCUCUGGCAUCACUGGGGCCAGAGAACUUGGACACUUCAGCCACUGCAAUGUUGUUAUUCAGUCUAAGUUAAUCAAACAUUGUUCCUAAUAAGUGUAAAAUGUUCUUGAAAUUGAAUAAUGUUGGAAUUUGUUAAAAUGUAAAGAUGUAUUGUUUUGUUAAAACUUUUGAGUAAUAGCAGAUUGGAUGGUAUUUAAGUUUUAUGAAAUAUCAUUGUUUUACAACAAUACCCAAUAUUUAUUAUGAAAAAAAGUAAAAGUGGAUACACUACGUGUAAUUAAAUACUUAAUUAAUAUUUAGGAAAAUUUUAAUUUAAUAUAAAUAUGAGGAAGGUGAUAAGAAAUUUCCGCUUCUAAUGAGUCAAAAGAUAUGAGUUCUGGUUUAAUCUUAUGUUAAAACUUUUUGUAGUGAAUUAUUCUUAUAAAAACAAUACACAAGUUUAUUGGAAAAUAUAAAA